UGAGAAUGAAUAUGUCAUACGUAACCGACAAACAAAUGUGAAGAAUUUACGCCAUCGUUUUCUUGUCUUUUGUAUUGUUUUCAUCUUCUAGAACUUUUCCAUAAAAGCGAAUUCAACAGAAAACCACUCCAGUCCUACUACCAUGGCGAAAGUGGAGGUCGACGAGUGUCGAGGGGUGCUCAAAGUUUACAGUGAUGGAUCAAUAUGGCGAUCAACUGAACCGAGCUUUCGAGUCUCUGUGGUUGACGAUGGUUCGGUGCUCUGGAAAGACGUUCAGUUUGAUCAACAAAACAACCUCCACCUCCGUCUUUACAAACCGGCUUCCGCUGUGGUCAAAAAGCUACCGGUGUUUUACUACAUCCACGGCGGUGGUUUCUGCAUCGGGUCACGAACAUGGCCAAACUGUCAGAACUACUGUUUUAAACUGGCUCUGGCUUUACAAGCUGUAAUUGUGGCUCCUGAUUACCGGUUAGCCCCUGAGAACCGGCUUCCGUUGGCGGUGGAGGAUGGGUUCACUUCCGUGAAGUGGCUCCAAUCGCAGGCGGUGGCAGCUGAGCCUGACCCAUGGCUGGUUGACUCGGCAGACUUUACACGUGUCUUCAUCUCCGGUGACUCUGCUGGUGGUAACAUUGCUCAUAAUAUGGCGGUUCGGUUGAGGGCUGGUUCCAAGAGCUUGGAACCGGUUCAGGUUAAAGGCUAUGUUCUCUUGGCACCCUUUUUUGGUGGGACCCAGUUAACGGAAUCCGAGGCUCAUGGUCCUAAAGACGCUUUCUUGAAUUGGGAACUCAUCGAUAGGUUUUGGAGGUUAUCGAUUCCGGUUGGGGACACCAUGGACCAUCCUCUAGUGAACCCGUUUGGACCGGUUAGCUUGGAUCUUGAACCGGUGGAGUUGGACCCAAUGUUGGUGGUUUGUGGGGGUGCUGACCUAUUGAAGGACAGAGCUAAAGACUACGCAGAAAGAUUGAAGAAGUUGGGAAAAAAGGUGGAGUACGCAGAAUUUGAAGGUCAGCAACAUGGGUUCUUCACCAUAGAUCCAGAUUCACAAGUAUCCAAGGAAUUGAUGGAGAUAAUUAAAGACUUCAUCAAACAGUAUUCCAUUUAAUGAUUGUAUGCCUGUGGAAAGUUUGUAAAAGUUUCCAUCCUUAUGAUAAAAUUGAAAGGACGAAUGUGGAAUUAGUAAUGAGUUUGUGUGAUUUAGCGAUUCUGUGUAGAAUAAGUGAAUGAAAAAUGAUUUUAAUAGAUAUCAUUUUUAGCUUUC